AUGGACAAAACCACAGAACAUCAAUCAACAGCGGAAAAUGUCGCUACUGGAACAACUCAAAAAACCAAUAUAAAGCCACAAAAAUCCACCACAUUUGCCAAUGUAUUUAAGUUAUGUACUGAUUAUGAUUUGCAAGAUUUCACUAGUUAUAAUAAUUGGACCAAAUGGUUACAUCGACCUGUAGAUGCCUCUGCUUUAGGAGUGUUUCGCAUGUUAUAUGGAGCUGCCAUGUUAAUAGACAUUGCCGAGGAGAGGGGCGGCAGUCAAAUGGAUGUAAGAUUUGGUGAAGCUAAACACUGCCACUUUCCUUUAUUCGAUGGUAUACAGGCUUUUAGUUUUCCCAUAAUGGGCUGUGUGUAUUUAUGCAUGUGGUUAGGCGCCAUUGGCAUUAUGUUGGGCUAUCGUUUUCGUUUGAGCUGUUUGGCAUUUGUGGUACCCAAUUGGUAUAUAUUUCUUUUGGAUAAACCUGCCUGGAAUAAUCACAGCUAUUUGUUUGGUCUAGUGGGCACCAUGUUAUUAUUCACCCAAGCUAAUCGUUAUUGUUCUUUAGAUAAAUAUCUGUCACCCAACCUGCCCUCAACUGUACCCUAUUGGAAUUAUUUUCUUAUAAAAUUUCAAUUUUUUAUACUCUACAUGUAUGCUGGUUUGAAAAAACUUACCGCUGAAUGGUUGUCCGGCUAUGCCAUGUCUUCGUUAAGUCGCCAUUGGGUUUUGAGUCCUUUUCGUUGGGUUCUUACCGAAGAGCUGACGGAUUUGUUGAUUGUUCAUUGGUUUACGGCGAUAUUUGAUUUUUCUAUAGCUUUCUUGAUGACUUGCGGUAAAACACGAGUAUUGGCCACUCCGUUUAUGAUAAGUUUUCAUUUGAUGAAUUCACGCUUAUUUAUAAUUGGCAUGUUUCCUUGGGUGUGUUUAGCUCAAGUGCCCAUGUUCUAUAGCUGUGAUUGGCCAAGAAAGUUCACUUUGGAUAAUUUAAAGAAAUUCUACUAUACAACUGUCAAACAGAACGUCAUGCAGGACAACAAACAGCCGGUUAAUGAUAAAAUUGAAAUGUUAGAAACUAAAACCCAACAACAAUUAACUUCCACACAUAAGAAGGAUGAGCCCAUUGUUUACUGUAAUGCCUGCAAGAAAUUAGUGACUACAUCUGGCGAAACCUCUGUUGGAGAAAGAAUUCGCAGCUGUAUAAUAUUGCUAUACUGUAGUUUACAGCUAUUCCUGCCAUAUUCACAUUUCCUAACACAAGGUUAUAAUAAUUGGACCAAUGGUUUGUAUGGCUAUUCCUGGGACAUGAUGGUACAUUCAUAUGACACCAUAUUGACUACAAUUAAGGUGGUGGACAAUGCCAACAGUAAAGUGCACUAUUUGGAUCCUUAUGCAUUUACCGAAUACGAUCGUUGGACAAAAUAUGCCGAUAUGGCCCAGCAGUAUGCUCGUUGCAUACAAAAGAACAUAGAGACAGAACAUCAACGUAAUGCUGCCCACAGUCCUUUAAGUUCUACCAAUAUUUCUAUAUAUUUCGAUAUAUGGUGUUCGAUGAAUGGCCGCUUUCAGCAAAGAGUGUUUGAUCCCCGGGUAGAUUUACUUACAGCCGAAUGGUCACCCUUUAAGAGAACAGCUUGGUCUUUGCCGCUGCUCAAUGAGUUAAAUCAUUUAAGACCAAAACUACGCACCAUAGCCAAUGAAGUAUUGGCUUGGAACAAUUAUUCCGAUGUGAUUUUUGUGGCCGAUUUUCCCGGACUUACCUUGGACAAUUAUAUAUCGCCCGAUUUGACAAAUGUUUCGUUGACCAUACUCGAAGGCAAUGUACGCUAUUACAAUGAUAAUGUUAAUGAGACUUAUUUCCUGACAUCUGGCAAAAGCAUCAGUUUGCCCAGUGGCAAUGUUCAUCAUGUCACCACAAUUGGUGUGAAGCCUUCAUGCUACUUAUUCACUUAUGUCAAUAAAACUAUGCAAGAGGAAAAUAUUGAGAUUAUUGAGAACAGCAUUGAUGGCAAACAGAUGAAAUCCUUGUUGCCAUUGUGGCAGGAGUUUCUAAUGAGAGUGGAUAAUUAUAAACGCUUCCUACAGCACAUGGGUAAUUCUGUGUUGUAUUUGUUGUAUGAUGUACCAUUACCUAUGGCAGUAAGGGAAAGAAAUUAG